CGAGUCCGGACAUGCCCGGAGGGAAACCGCCGUCGCUAGACCCUUGUUCAGAACGGCGGGAAACCCAACCGACCUCCGGCACCAGAUAGUGCGGGGCCGAACGGCUAGGCACGACAACCCCGAGAUGGAGGCCUUAAGGAGGAGAGUCGCCGAACUUGAGACUUUACAAAACCAAAGGGCGAGGUCACCUCCCAAUCAACGCAGUCAAGAGACUGGCCACGUGUACGUGGAGACGGACUCCCCUCUCUCUCCCGAGCAGACUUUAGAGCCACUAACCGGGAAAAUAAAAGUCCCACAAAUCGGCCUGUACGACGGAACGUCGGACCCAGACGCCCACCUCGGGAAUUACACUUCAUGGAUGGAUCUACACGGGGCCACCGACGCCCUUAGGUGCCGCAUGUUCUCCCUAACUCUGGGACCAAAGGCACAGAAGUGGAAAUUCACCAAGGCUGGAGAUAACAAGGGAAAACGAAGAACGCAGGAAAUCCCCGACGAUGACGAAGGAGAUGAAGGGGGAUCGACUUUCAAGAGGCUUCGAGCUCAGGGAGAUAAGGAAAUUUUCGUGAUCGGACCAACGGACGUCGGUUCGCCCCAAGACCAACACAGGAAGAGGGGCCGAGAAGCCGACGCCCAGCCACGGCCCAGCCAGACCCCUUUGACCUCGGGACGGUCGAGUCUUAUUCCCCGAGUUAAUACAAACCGAGAUACACCGACGUCAUCCAGAAGGCAGGCCAAGGCCUAUACGCGAAAGGCCUACAACUCAGGGAAGCAAGUCAUGACCUCGGAUCUUAGAGAAACGAUCAAUGCCCGCACCUGCCCGAUCACUUUUACGCUGGAGGACGCAAGUCUGUUCGAUCCACACUCGGACGCACUCAUAAUCACGGCCCCCAUCUGUGGCAUUCCUGUCCACCGGAUCAUGGUGGACACCGGGGCCUACACGAGCAUCCUCAUGCUUAAGGCGUUCAACAAGCUCGGGAUAGACCCCGCCGAGGUCCGUCCUUGCAAUGACCGCGUCCACGGCUUCAACGGGAGCGUGGCGCUCCCAUUGGGGGAAAUCACACUCCCCAUCAGGUUUGGAGGGAACGGGCAGACAUCCAAAGUCAUCAUGGAAACUUUGAAGGUGAUGGACCUUGACAACGAAUAUAAUGCGAUCAUUGGGAGGACGACAUUGUACAAACUCCGAGCUGCU